GAGAGGGGUGUGGAAGUGGCGGGCGGCCAUGCAGAUGUCACGUGACGUGACGUCACACUGCGGGGGAGACUGUCAGACAGUUUGUUUACAUGCAGCAGAGACCCCAUGUCGGGCAGGGUCUCAUCUUAGGAUCGCCCUUCAUAAAUAAUAGAUGAGAAAGCCAGAAUCACCUAGCUGACCCUACGUCGCCUUGGAGCCUCUGAUGUGCCAAGGACGAUGAGCUCCCAGAAGGAACACCCCACCUAGUCAGCCCCAACCCUUCAAACAUAACCUGUUACUCCAACCCUGAAACUCAACUGGAUUUGUCCUCAGACCAAGCCAUUCCUGGCCACUGCCACUUCUGUACACCGGACCAAGCAACGAGGAAGAAACCUUGCUUACAUACAGUAGUGGAUGUUUGCCGUUUCUGUGAUUAGAUGUUUUGUUAAACCCUCUUCCUAUUUCUUGGAGUUUAUCAUUCCUUCAUGUGUUUGUGUGGUUCCUUCAUGGUUUAUAAAAUAUAGUUCACUUAUCUAGUCAAAUUGCUUUCUGUAUGCCCAUAUUAGAGAUAUAUUAUUUUUGUAAUUUUAUUUAGAUGUUAUGCUAUCCUCAUUAGAUCAUUAUCAUUAUAUCUGCAAUGGAGAAGCUACCUAAAGUUUCCUCACGAUCUAACUCUCCUGUGAAGAGUACACGUAAGGGAGAUCAAAAAGUUCAGUUUUCUGAUGAAGCUGAUCUAAGGCUAAGAGGGAAUAAAGUAAGUGGUAAACCACCUGAAGUUCCGCGAGCUCCUCCAUAUGGCCGAAGUAGUAGUAGACUUAGUGGGAGCAGUAGUAUCAGCAGCAGCAGCAGCAGCAGUAGCUCUAGCACUAGCAGAGGGAGUAGUGGAGGAAGCAGUAGUUCUGCACUAGACCGGCCAUCUGGAAGGGUUAUUGACUCUUCAAAAUGGACUUCUUCACUGGACCGGAAACGAUCAGGGUCAGUAAGAAGCAAAAUCUCUGACCGUCCCCAAAGAAGUGAUAUUAGUAGAAGUCUUUCACUAGACAGAAGAAGAGCUGAAAACUCUCGCAGGGAAAGUGCAAGUCCUAAUAGUUCCAGUACGGAGAGAAAGAAAAGAGAAGGUGAAAGUAAAGAUGUCCAAAAUAAAGAGAGAAAAACAAAAACCAGAACACUGGGGCCAUCUCAUAGCAGAAGUUUCUCUGGGGAACGUCCAAAGCUUCUUGGUCGGCAGAAGAUAGCUCCUCCUUCUGUAUCCCAAGGUUUAAAAAGUGACCAACAUAAAAAGGAAAAUAUUUUAGAACAAAAACUCUCCUUACAAAAUGAUGAUAAAAACACAGGUAAAGUUUCUAGUCGCUUCAGUGUGGACUGGGCCGAGAGGAUGAAGCGUGCAGCCUCAAGGAGUCCUCACAGAAGUCAGCUAAAUGGAGAGGGAUCUGCAAGGGAAGAUAAGGAAAAUGAAAAGGUGAGAGAUAAAGGAAGAGGAGAAUCAAAAACUCAAGAUAAAAAGGAAAGGGGAAGAUCACUAAAACGAGAAAACAGGAGCAACAAGUAUUCGUCCAGUGGAAAGCAUAGGCAUGAAGAAAUGAUGACUAUUGAUGGUGAUGUAAUGUGGCUGGGCAGCGGCAGCAAAAAGAAUGGUUAUCUUCUCUUCAAUUAUGCCAACCUGGACGACCCUCCGAAAGAAUCCACUGCUAGAAAAUACAACCUGACAUUUAAAUUUUCCCAGUCAGAUUCAAAGCUCAUUCGCAUGCUGAUGGAGGCACAUGGCUUUACUGAAGUUGAGAGCAAUAGUUCCUUCUUCAACUUGUACUGGGGAAAUGCUCACUUUAACCCUAAUGAGAUUCGACAACUCCAAGAUUGGCAAAAGGUCAACCAUUUUCCAAGGUCUUCAGAGCUCACAAGAAAAGAUCGUUUAUAUAUGAACAUCAAACGAAUGCAACGGCAGUUUGGUGUCAAGCUCUUUGACUUCAUUCCAACCAGCUUUAUUCUACCUACAGAAUACAGGGAUUUUUGUGAUACUCACUUACGUGAACGGGGAACUUGGAUUGUUAAGCCAGUGGCCUCGUCACAAGGCAAGGGAAUAUACCUGGUCAGUCAGGUGGAUCAAGUUCCAGCAGAUGAGACCUCUUUAUUAUGCCGCUAUAUUGAAUCACCCUUGCUAGUGGAUGGGUACAAGUGUGAUCUCAGGUUAUAUGUUGGCGUAACAUCUCUAGAUCCACUUGUUGUAUAUCUGUAUGAAGAAGGAUUGGUGCGCCUGGCAACUGUUAAAUAUCAGCAUGGGAAGAAUUUAUGGAACCCCUGCAUUCAUCUCACAAAUUAUUCUGUUAAUAAAUUUCAUUCUAAUUAUGUUCAGAAUGAGGACCCAGAGGUAGACGAUCAAGGAAACAAGUGGUCUUUGAGUGCCUUUCUGCGCCAUUUAAAGAGUCAGGGAAUUGAUACUGGUGCCCUGAUGCGGUCUAUUGAAGAUGUCAUCAUCAAAUCUUUACUUGCUGCAUCCUAUCAGAUGAACACUGCAACAAAUAUGUUUGUUCCUCACAACCGUAACUGCUUUGAAUUAUAUGGGUUUGACAUUUUGAUUGACAGUCAGUUAAAACCGUGGGUGCUGGAAGUCAACUUAUCGCCAUCUUUGAACAUUGAUCAACCUCUGGAUUUGAAAAUAAAGUCAGCCAUGCUUGCUGACCUCUUCUCACUAGUUGGUAUCCAAGUUAUGAACCCUUGCACAGCUAAAAUAUCAUCACGUCCUUCUGUUUUUCGCAAGUUGCCAUUUUUGCGUUAUUCAACAGAUUCCUAUGAUCGAAGUCAGUAUGUACGUGGAGGUCCAAUUGUUCCCACUGCUGAGGAGCUGCGUAUUGUUCGGCAAGUUCGCGAAGAAUACGAACGAAAGGGGGGAUGGGCCCGUAUAUAUCCCACACCAGACUCUUGGUCACUUUACGGAGGUCUACAGGAAUAUGAAAGUCCGCUCAACUUGAUUCUUCAUUAUCAUCUGUACCCACAAAUUCCUCGCACCAACAGAUAUGGCAGAGUGACACCCAGUCGAAUGUCAGGUGUGUCUAGUAGUGGGCUGGCCUCCUCCCUGGAACGUCUCACCUGCUACGAGCGCGCUUUACCCAAAGGUCUUGCUUUCUUCAAGAACAAGAAAAACUUGGGUAGGCUACAACACCUCACUACAGCAAUAAGGUCCAGUAAGAAAGAUGAUAAGUCAAUUUGCCGAGAUAUGAAGCAAGUAAAAGCCAGUGUCAUGAAAGCUCUAGAAAAUGGACUUGCUCUCAGCAAAUACCAGGCUCGCAUGGCAUUCUCGGUAUACUUGCAACAUGUUCAGAGAAGACUCAUGAUUGGCUGUGAUGAAGAGAAACAAACAGAUCUUGUGUACCGAUUCCUUCGAUCAGCAUCUCGUACACUCCACACUCCCAUGAAUGUUCAGAACCCCAGUAAAACACUGCCAUCUGAAGCCCGUGCUGUUGUGAUUUCCAAGCAGCUUGGAGACUUCAUCCAAGCCUAUACUAAGGAAACUCAUAUAUACUUGGAUCAAGGAGCCUCCUCAUCGUGUUCUUCUCUGUCCUCUCAGUGCCCCACUACUGUUACCACUUCAUCUGAGCCAUCCACUCCACAUGUAACUUCCCCACCAUAUACCUCCACAUUAUCCCUCAACUCAGCACCUGCUGGAUCUUCAAUGUCUGCAUCUAUGAGUGCCUCAACUUCAUCCAUUGACAAUGCACCAGCAUCUGUAUGUGGUUCGACAACUUCCAUCAACAAUUCAGGUUGUGUCCCUAAAUCUGAAUCCUGUUCUCUUUGCAAUAGUCCCCCUCCUGUAAAGAAGUCAGAUUCCUCUACAUCAGUUAGCAGUCCUCCUCCAGUUACAGAAUCUCAUUCUUUGACUUUAGUUAACAGCUCAAAUUUUGUUUCUCUCUCUAGUUCGUCUGUGUCAGUUAAUAGCACUCCUUUUUAUCUGUCUGGGUCAACUACUUCAGUCAAUAGCCCACCUUCAGUGUCUCUAUCUGGCUCCUUUACAUCCAUUAAUAGUCCUCCUUCAAUUGCAUUUUCAGCUUCCUCCAAUUCCAUUAGCAGCCCACCAUCUGUGUCAAUUACUGGUUCCUCUACAUCAAUAAAUUUUCUACCUCCUUCUAAAACCCCUUCAUCUGUUUCAAUUUCAUCCCUCAACUCAGCAACUGAUAUUGGAGGUGAAAUAGUCACCUUGCCCCCAAGAGUGCGAAGAUUGAAGUCUGAUGGAGACACAGCAGGUCCCAUAAUAGAGGGAGAUGGCAGCAAAAUGUCUACAAGUUUAGAUUCAAGUGAUCUACAGAGGCAGACAAGUGAUGAGAGCAAUACUCAGCAGCAGCAGGCCAAGGAUGAGCACAUUACAAUGGAUCUGUACCGAGCCUUCAUGUCUAGUGCCGGAGAGUCUGAUCUUGAGGAGGUACUGGCUCUCCAAACACGGAUGCAUAAUUCUGCAGGAGUGUUCCUGGAAGCCUCCCGGAGAUCACGAUAUUCCUCGGGACAUCAUUCAGGUGGCAUCAUGUCCACUUCGUAUACCCCUACAACUGCCUCGUCAACCAGUAGUUCCAGGCCCCGCACUCCCACUGCCUCUCCUCAAGGAUCACCGCGCAGAAAUCGUAGAUCCCCUUCUACAGGGGGCCAUGCCCGGCCAACAGAGCCAGUGACAAUCGAGCCUCAGUCUCAUCAGGCAGAAAGUCGUCAGCCUGCUCACUCCGAGCAGGAGCAGGAGCCGCAAGAGCAGCAGCAAGAACAGCAGAAGCAAGGUAGAGGUGACAUGCCAGCUACUACCAUUGAUGCUACAACAUCUCAGUCUCCCUCAUCCUCAUUACAGCAGCCUCCUACCACCACUGCCUCAUCCUGCUGUCUUUUUGUCUCCUUCCAGCAAAUAUAAGAAAUGCUGCUGGAUUGACAGUAGAAGCUUUCAAGAGAGAACUUAGUACGUUCUAGCUGGAGUUACCAGAUCAACCUUGCAGUGAUGGCUAUGUUUUCAUGUGGGCUACAUUGACAAAAAUCUCAGAUCUGGCAAUCACCAAGGAAGACUGACCUCAGACCAGGCUGCAAUAGGAGAAGGACUCAAAAUCAUAUAUGAGUAAUCUACAGGUAACAUUUGUUUAUUUUUGUUGAUUUAGUGUUUUCAUGACCCUGUUGUAUUUUAACCCCUUACAUCAAAUGGUGAUUGUAAUCCAAAAUUUGCUGUUCCUUAUAAUUUGGAUAUGACAGUUAAGUUCUGCAGGGGUUCUAAGCAAUAUUGGUGUUUACUUUAAUGAUCUUGCAAAUAUUGCUUGAUGGGUUUCUAGCCACAUUGGAGUUGCCUUGAAUGAACUGUUGGACACUGCCACUAAGUAGACCAUUUGUGCUUGCAGCAUUUCCAAGAUGGGGAUUUCAUAUUUGUUUCCACCCAGUUAUUCAUUCUGCAAUCCACAAUGUUGGCAGGAUCGUUGGGCUAGUAUUACAGUUAAUGAACUGCGUGCUCUUAAAAAUAUUUCCUUUUAGUUUCCCUCCUACCACUAUAAUAGAUGAUGAGAAAUGGCUUUGGCUUGGUUACUUAUUGAUCACACCCAAUUAACUCAGUCACUUAAUAGAACAAUGUCCUGCUCCAUUAUGUCCUAAUUUCAUUGUCCCACUUAGUCGUGCACCUCCCAGUAGAAUGUCAAGAAUUUUGGGAUGAUUUUACUGUAAGUUUUGCUGUUUUAAUAUCCUUUGGGGUCAUUUGUCCCUCUUUUUAGUCCUUGGUGAAUUCAAUUCCUUUGAUAUUGCUCAUCUUAUGUCUUUUGUACUCAUAUAAUGCAUCCCAAGUGAUAUUUAACAUCUUUUGAAUAUCAAACAACUCGGUGCUAAAUAGUUUUCCUGGCUUUGCACUUCAAUGAACCGCAGGUCCACGCAGGCCCGUUUCAAAACCGAAAACAAGCGGGAAACCAACCUGAGGAUGAGGAUGUUUUGACCACGCCCAAGCGAACCCACUCCAAGAUGACCCGACAGUGCAGGAAAAGAGGCCUGUUCCGCCAGUCCCAAACCCCCCCAAAAGAGGAGGGGCCACCCAAUACCAUCGCAGACCACAAGAAACGACCCGAUCGGACCCGCAAAUUGUGGGACCAGGCACGAGCAAACAUCGAGCGAGUUCCCACUCCCCCCUCCAUCGCCCUAUCAAUGGGAUGUACCAUGAAAGACGAAAGAAAGGGCACAACCCUUCCGGGAAGAUAUCCCCCCACCCAUGGGCUUCCUGGAGAACCAACAAGUCUGACAUGGGAUGGCAACUAGAAGCUGCUGCUUGCAGAUACUGCAUCAUCGCAGACUUGGACCCAGGAUCGUCUCUGAGCACCUCCACAUCCUCCUCGAGCGAGUCUGAAGACAGCUCUAGAAGGAAAAAGAAAUGCAAGACCGAAGCCAAAUGGCCACGGGCGUGCAAGUCCUUAGCAACCAGGGCAGCCAAAAGGGAGGGAACCUGCAUGUGAAGCUGUACCAAGCCAACAUCCCGCAAAAGGGCAGGGGUAAACAAACACGCAUUGAGGCACUCGAACUCUUUCCCCAGGUAAACCUGAACCACUGAAAGGGCCUCUUGCCACUCAAGUGUGCAGGACCGACAGAGCAACAACAAGCCCUGCUCAGAGGGUACCAAAACUCAAGCAGGGUCAAACGGGGCCCAAGGCCCCCCCUCCCAAGUCAGCCCCUCCCCUGCCCCGGGAACCUCCACACCAGAACCUGGGACCGAGCCGUCCUCCAAACCCUCCGCCUCGAAAGAAUAGGCAGAGGCCGCCGUAAAAGCCUGAAUGAAGGCAGCCCACUGGUCAGACCCAGAAGCACCGGCUGGAGGAACAGGCUCGAAUGCUUCCAUCGUCACACCGGAAGUGGCAUCUCCCUGAAACUGCCCGAGUCUGACCACCAACUAAACCCUGCCCGACUUAAAACCCUCAGACACUUUGGAUUUAGAGGGGAAGGGGGAACAGGACGAACAAUAGCAGCGGAAGGACGAGGGGGCUCGGACGAAACAAAGGUUGAGGCGACUAACACCCCCAAGUCCAAAUCCCUAUAACUAAAACAGGGCAGUCCCACAGCAUCCGGGUGAGCAACCAAUCUAGCGUGCUGCAGCAACCUAAAAUGUGCAUGCAAUGCUAAAGCUGCCUGCACCCGAAUACAGUAUCAAGAUCAGUGGAUUGGGUGAACUGGAGCACAAGCAAGCAACACCACUUGCAGGACUCAGAAUUGAAAGUGUCACUGACCCAACAGGCAGCAUGACAGAGGCACAUCUGAUGAAUGUGACCCUGAGACAAUAGGACAGAGCAACCUUCAAACUCACACAAAACGAGAUGGAACCCAGGGGAUGCAUCCAUCGGACCACUGAGCCCCAGUGGGGUUUUCCAGUGCCCUUAGAUGCUCUGCUAAGGGAAGCCCAGGCAAGGUAUUGCUAACUGGCGCCCCAAACUACCAAGGGAACUAAUAAUUGCUGAACCCUGUGAUGUGUGUACACACUGGGACCUAGCAGAGGACCACCAAUAAUACAAUUAGAUAAGGGUCAAUAACACCAAGGGCAGACCCUCCACCAGGCAGAAAACAAAAUAAAAAGAAAAACCCUGCAUGAGUACAUCAUCACAGGUGGAACAGAGCCGGCAGCUGUUAUAUGGUGAAAACUACCUGCACAGUACCUUGCGCCCCUACCAGUGAUGAAGAUACCUCCUACCUAGAGGCAAACAGGGGUGCAUGAAACACCCCAGCUGACUCCAAACACAUGAGCCGUCCUGGUUGUUGCACCGGGUGCUCUCUUCUCUUCGGUUUGUGGUGGCCCCCUUGGUUCAGGCUUGUUUUUCUACGGCUCUCUUCUUGUUGGCAUUGGCCUCUGGGGGGUUUGGGUCGGAGAGAUUCAUGCUCUCAUCCUGCGCAGGGGUUUCUGCUCUUUCGGUCUUGUGGUCUUUUCUUCGUUUACAGCCGUCUCCUUCUUUUCUGGAGAAAAACGAGUCUGCUGCUUUCUGAAGGGGUCCUUGGGUUGUUGAUGCUUGGUUGGUUCAACCGGGGGUGCAUCAUGGUUUGUGGCUCUUCGCCGUUAUUUGCACGCCACGGCCUCUGUGGCAGAAGACGUGCUUUGGGUUGAACCAGUUUCCUCUUCUUCCUUAUUCCAGGGCAUAGGUCUCCCAAAUUUUCCGCAGGAUUAUUCGGUCCAGCCAGCCUGCGGUCUAUCCCCGUGCCCACGCCAUUCGUAAGUUCAGCGUUCGGCUGCUAUUUUUGGUAAUAUGUCCUGGCCUAUCUUUCGAGCACGGGGCUUUUGGAGGUCGAACAGGGUCCUGGCUGCUCAUUACCUUGUUAAUAUUCCUAGUCCUUCUCGGGCGUGUAUUUAUUUUUAUUCAUUUAUUUAUAUACAAGAAGGUACGUUGGGGGUUAACAGAGAACAUAGAAAUUAAGUUUAUUUUACAUUCUUGUAAAGCCACUAGCACACACAGUGUUUCAGGCAAAACGAAACAAAAACGAAAAAAAAAUGUAUAGCCUUGGGUCGCAGGUUGCGGCCAGUGGUCUUGACUUUGAGUUGAGGAGCGAGUGACGACCACCUCCCGGGUGAGUCCCUUUUCAUCAUCUCUGGUUAGGUAGCUCCGGGGAGCCGAAGGGGCUCUCUACAGAAAACGA